AUGUCUUCAUCUGAUAUAAUCGAUUCAUGGAAUCGUGCGUCUGAUUUCAUCAAUCGUUAUAUUCCGAUAUUUAUUUAUAUCUUCGGUAUAACUGGAAAUUUCCUUAAUGUCUUAGUUUUAUCCCAAAAACCGAUUUGUUUCAAUACAUCUGCGGUGUAUUUUCUCAUUUCGUCGAUAUCGAGUCUAAUUGCGAUCAUCAGUGGAUUGACAAGUCGAAUGAUGUCGGGUUAUACAGUUGAUCUGACAUCUACAGUCGAAUGGAUUUGUCGUACACGAAAUUUCAUUCUGUACACAUCAAGAACAAUUACAUUGUGGUUAAUCGCAUUUGCAACAAUCGAUCGAUGGUUAUCAACUUGUAUCAAUGCAAAUCGAAGACAAAUAAGUACAUUGAAAAAUACACGACGUUGUAUAAUUCUGAUUAUUAUUUUUUCGAUUCUUCUGAAUAUUCCAAUACUUUGUUGUUAUCAAGCGAAUUUAACUGGAGCUUUGCGUGGAUGUUAUGGAUCAACGUACAUUUGUCGAGUUGUCACAGAUGUGAUUUAUGCAGUAAUUACAACUUUAUUUCCAUUGUGUUUAAUGAUUGGUUUUGGAAUAAUGACAAUUCAAAACACUCGGUAUACUCGAAAUCGUAUUCAAGCUAUUCCGAUGGUUUCAAUGAGUAUUGAACCACCGAAAACAUUUACAAAUCUUACUCGAGAUCAGCAACAAGUGAAGAGAAAAAUCAAUCGACAUUUACUAAAAAUGCUCUCUGUUCAAGUGACGUUAUUCAUCAUUUUAACUUGUCCACAUGCCAUUCAGAAAGCGUAUACAUCAAUCUCUGCAAGCACAUCAACUCAAUCAAUUCAAUCGGCGAUCGAAAAUUUUAUUUUUAAUUUCGUUACUUUGAUGAAUUUUACAGCCAGUGGAAUCUCGUUUUAUAUUUAUACAUUAAGCGGUGGAAGUCUUUUCCGUAAUGCACUUUUUCAACUAGUGAAGGGUAUUCAAUUGAAAGUUCUUUGUCGUUAG